AUGUAUCACCCGAGCCUCAUCCUGACCCUAUGUGCUGCCUUGCUGCUUCAAGCCGGAUGCGUUUCCUGUGGCAUUCCUGUCGCUGAUAAGACCGUAUGCGCCGCGGGCUACGUCGCAGCCGUGCGUCAGGUACUUAUCCGGGAGUGCAUUGCCUCUGGCCCAGUGAAAUGUCCGCCUAGCAGUGGCCCUGACAUGGCCAAUGAUACUCAGGGCGUUCAUGAUUCGAGCAGUAAUACAGGCGGACAAGGAGAUGGAAUCAGCAAUAGCGAAGACUCUGCACCAGUACCUGCCGGCGAAGAGGAACCCAGCGGCGCUACUGAAGAGACUGGACACGACGCGGACGAGGCGGGCAGCGAUGAGCCGAGCCCGGAGGAUGAAAGUCAGAUAUCUGAGGAGGAACCCUUCGAGACCGCCACUGGGAGCACGGAUGGAGAGGAAGGCGCGGCUGACAACCCUUCCGACCCGGCCGAUGAUACUAGCGAUGCUAGAGCGACAGAUGGAAGCGAUGGGCGAGAUACUACACCACAAAACAACGAGAACUGUCCCGCAACAAUCCCGAGCUUCAACUCGCGGACAACCUAUACCUUGCAAAGGGGCCCUGCAGGGGACUUAUGGGCUUGGUACCGGCCAAAUAGCCAAGCUAGCGCACCAUCCUACUCUCCAAGCAAGCAAGACAGAAAACGUGUGGAUCCGGUGUACAAGUUUUACAUUGAGCGCGUACCCAAUACCAAAUGCCAGUACCUCAUACGUACUGCCGCUCAAGAAAGAACCCAUGCAUACUUCCUUGGUGUUGAGAACGGCUCCCGAGGCGCCAGUAACGCCAACGCGAGGUGGUCGUUAGGAGCCCAGUCGGCGACGCCCAUAUAUAUCAUCCCAUGGGGUAGGCGAUACAGGAUUGCCAUUGAUCGGCCGGGCGGCGAUGGACAGUACGCGAUGCUCGGAGUGAGCGGGCAGCCGAAGGGCAACCUCGGGUGGGAUACAAAGGACACGGCAACGUCUUGGAUCAUCGAAGUGGCGAAGUAG